GAGUUGGAGUGACCUAAACAGGAAGCCUGGCUAUUCCCAACUGCCAGUGAUCUCUGAAACCGGCUCUGAGGCUCCUCUUUGCUCCAACAGACAGAGGGACUUUGGGCUGGAUAAACGUCAAAUUCUUACCUCGCCCUUUCACCGCUGGCAGGAUCAGAUUGCAUUUCUUUCAUUAUUCUCCAUUCUCCAGUUUCUUGAUUUGUUUAAAAGAAGAAGUAGAAAAGAUAAAUCCUCUCUUCAAUGCCUGGAAGGGAACACAAAAUGACUUCAACUCCGCUUUGAAAAAAAUCUUUCCAAGAACUUUCUUCAGAGAUUUAACUCAGAUGAAUUACACAAUGAAGAGAGAACAGAUUUUUUUGGCUUUUGUAUGCCUGCUGCUUAGUUGUGCCUCUGCCCCUCUUACUGCUGUCCCUGAGGAAGAUGAAGAACAUACAAACAGCACAGAUGCUGAGUUGCCACCUUUGAAACUUGUACAUUCAUUUUGUGCAUUGAAAGCUGAUGAUGGUCCAUGCAAAGCAAUGAUGAAGAGGUUUUUUUUCAAUAUUCACACUCAACAGUGUGAAGAAUUUGUAUAUGGAGGAUGUGAAGGAAACCAGAAUCGAUUUGAAAGUCUAGAGGAAUGCAAAGAAAAAUGUACAAGAGAUUAUCCAAAGAAGAUUAGGACAAAGACAAUACUGCAAAAAGAAAAGCCAGAUUUCUGCUUUUUGGAAGAAGAUGCUGGAAUCUGUCGAGGUUAUAUUACUAGGUAUUUUUAUAACAAUCAGUCAAAGCAGUGUGAACGCUUCAAAUAUGGCGGGUGCCUCGGCAAUUUAAACAACUUUGAAUCACUGGAAGAAUGCAAGAACACCUGCGGGGAUGAAUUGAAUGAUUUCCAGGUGGAUGAUUAUAGAACCCCGCUCGAUGCUGUGAAGAACGAUUCCUUGACUCCUCAGCCUACCAAGGCAUCCAGCUUCUUCGAAUAUUAUGGCCCCUCCUGGUGUCUGACCCCAGCAGACAGAGGAUUGUGUCAAGCCAACGAAAGCAGAUUCUACUACAAUUCAAGCAUUGGGAAAUGCCGCCCAUUUAAGUACAGUGGAUGCGGAGGGAAUGAAAACAAUUUUACUUCUAAAAAAGCAUGUCUCAGGACUUGUAAAAAAGGUUUCAUACAAAGAAUAUCAAAGGAAGGAUUAAUUAAAACCAAAAGAAAAAGAAAGCAGCAGCCAGUGAAAAUAGUAUAUGAAGAAAUUUUUGUUAAAAAGAUAUAAAUUUGUUAUAUUACAACAUCAUUUCUACUAAAUAUUUUGGAUAAAACUUUUCACUAUGAUUCCUAUUUUUUUCUUUCCUGAAAUCUUUUUAAUGAACAUUUUCAUGAAUUUUCUAUGCAUA